AUGGCUCCCGCAGCAGCUGGUGCGAAGAAGCAGAAGAAGAAGUGGUCCAAGGGGAAGGUCAAGGACAAGGCUCAACACGCCGUUAUCCUCGAUAAGAGCACUUCAGACAAGCUUUACAAGGAUGUCCAGUCCUACCGUCUCGUGACGAUCGCCACCCUCGUCGACAGGCUCAAGAUCAACGGCUCGCUCGCCCGGAGGUGCCUCAAGGACCUGGAGGAGAAGGGGCAGAUCAAGCAGGUCGUGGGACACAGCAAGAUGAAGAUCUACACUCGUGCCGUUGGCGCUGCCGAGUAA